CUCAAACAUGUAACUGCUUAGGCGCAAGCGGAGAAGGAUGCUUCAUGGCCGCUUUCUUUGCCUCGUUUUGACUGCCUUGCUGCUGGCCCCUGUACUGGUUAGAGGGCAGCAUGAAUUGUUUCUCAGCUCUGGGGACAUGGGCGUUCAUAAGUGCGAGUUCCAGGGUGUCGUCAGUGGUCGAAGGGUGCGACUGUACGUCUUCCUCACUGCGUGCAUUGGGCCGGGGGUGUCAACUGACGGCACUGGAGCCCCCGGCGGACAGCAGCGCUCGGACAGCGGCAGUGCGAACAGCACCGCCAACUUCUACAUAACUGGAAACACCUUCAUGCUGCUUGAUGGGGAGCCGUGCACCACCACGCAGCUGCAGCAGCCCCUAGACACGCUCGUGUGGGCGGCUGGGCUCUUGCCUGGAGCGGAUAGCAGCUCUAGCAGCCCUAGCAGCAGUAACAGCAGGCGGAGCGACAUGCAGGAGGCACCCGGUGGCUCUAGCGUUGCCAAAGAGCAAAGACGCAAGUUGACGGCGUCAAGGCGGGAGGAGGACAAGGGUGACGGCGGUAGCACCAGCAGCGCAGCCGCCGCUCACGAGCCAGAGGCAGCAUUACUGGCGGAGGCGACCCGUGCGCUCGUGUCGGGGAGCCAGGGCGUUCUGACACUUCGGUCCCGCCUGUCGGGCACAGCCCACCUGCUGCGCCUGGCGGUGCACGAGCCGCACAAGUGGCGCAACAACCCCAGCCUGCGCCGCGAGCCAGGCCGCGUCACGGGGGCGCUGGUGCUAACGCCACAGGAGCUGCAGGCGGUCGCGCGGGGCAGCGACGACAGUAGCAGCAGUAGCAGCAGCAGUAGCAGCGGAAGUAGCAGUCAAGGAGGGGGUGCGUCAACGCUGUUCGAGCUGCGGGCAGCGGGCCUGGACGGCGUGUGUGGCUACACGCCGCGCCGCGGCAAGCGCCCGCCGCCACCGGCCUCAGCUGCUCCUAUCCACCUCACUAGCCGGGUGCCGAUCGACAGCCCCGCCACGGCAGGCGAUCGUCAGGACGGGGGCAACGCAGGGUCCGCGGGGAUGGGCGCGCCCAGGUGCGCGUGGCUGGAUCCAGAACGGCAGGUGUACGACGUGGCGAAGCUGGAAGCGUGGCGAGAGAAGCAGCGUGUCUCGGCGGCCCUUGCUGCGGCUAAGAAGCGCAAGGGGAAAGACCGGGGGGCAGUGGCGGCGUCGGGUCGCGCGUCGCCGCCGCCGCCGCCGCCCGCACCUCGGACGGGCACUGGCGCACGGCCACCGGCGUACGUGGUUGUGUCGCCAUUCUUCGGCCUGGCGCCUGGUGACUUCGUAACGCUGCUUCUUCGGCACGUGGAGUACCACGCGCAACUAGGCGUGGGGCGGCAUCUGGUGUAUGUGGAGGAGGGCGAGGAGGGCUUGGCGGCGGACGGGCGGGUGGCGGCGCUGAUGGCGGCGGGGCGGCUGGAGCUGGUGCGCUGGAGCGAGCUGCCGGUCUUCAACCUACCGGCGGCUGCGGCGGCGCCCCAGGACGGCACGGAGACCGGAACCAGCGGGGCCGGCGGCUCGGACGAGGGGCCCCGGCGGCACCCGUACGCAAGCCAGAUCCUGACCUACAACCACGCGCUGCUGGCCCUGUGGCACGAGGCAGCGGUCGUGGCGGUGCUGGACCUGGAUGAGUUCCUGGUCACCUCCUCCCCUCAGUCGCUGGAGGCCGCAAUGCGCGCCUGCUCGCCGCGCGGCCGCUACCCGCCCGGCGCGCUGUGGGUGCCGCGCCGCUCGCUGCUGUGCACAGACUGCUGGCAGCGCGCCGCUGGCCCGGCUCAGGCGCUGGGUGCAGCGGCAGCAGGAGCUGCACUUAAGGCUGCCUUCCCGGAAGCACAGCUGCGUAACGCGACACUGGCGGCGGCGGCGUCGAUCCUGGAGCGGCGGCUGUGGCUGGAGGCAGGCGGGCAGGAGGAAGGAGCAUCAGAGGGCAACCGGGCCGGCAAAGGGCACGACCAAGAUAGUAGUGGUGGCAGCAGUGGCGGGUCACAGGGGCACCCGCUAGAGAGCUACCGCCACUGGUUCUUGGGUUGGCACCACAAGAGUGUCAUGUACAGCCACCUGGUGACGUACUUUGGAGUUCACCUGGCUUACAUUGAGGAGGAGGGUGCGGGCCAGGGGCCGAAUGAAGGGGGCCAAAACCCGCACACCAUCUGUCGGCUCGGGUGCAUGUGGGUGACGCAUCUGGAAACGCAGCUGGGUCCGCGUGUGCGGUCACCAUUAGAGGCGCUAGCUCAGUAUAAUAGCGGAAAAGGCGAGGCCGAGAAGCGGAACGCUGGUGGCGGAGGGGGUGGCGGGAAGAAGCAGAAGGUGACAGCGGUGGAGGGGCGGUAUCUGUGGGCGCUGCAGCGGUGGCUGGGGCGACCUGUGGCGGGACGGAGCUUGUGAAGCGACCUGGAGACCUUGAGUGUACACAGGAUGGGGCCUAAGCAACGGUUCGAUCGGCAAUGGCGAGAGGUUGGCGACGAGCGGUAAGAGUGCCAGGCCUAUCAGCGGUGCAUAGCGGAGUACGGGAGAAGCAGGGCGUGUCACGCAGCUCAUCAGCGCAGCAGCGCGUUGCGGUCACAGCGCUUCGGCGGGGCGCACGGCUUUCCGGUCGAGCUGAACAGCACCACGCCGGUCGCCGGACCAGCUGCGUGAGGGGCCGGAGACACGAGGUGAAGUCUUGGAUCCAAU